CUCUCUCCACGGCUGACCUCUCACCAUCUCUCUCCACGGCUGACCUUCUCCCACCGUCUCCCUACGGCUGACCUUCUCCCACCGUCUCUCUCCACGGCUGACCUUCUCUCACCAUCUCUCUCCACGGCUGACCUUCUCCGACCGUCUCCCUACGGCUGACCUUCUCCCACCGUCUCUCUCCACGGCUGACCUUCUCUCACCAUCUCUCUCCACGGCUGACCUUCUCCCACCGUCUCCCUACGGCUGACCUUCUCCCACCGUCUCUCCACGGCUGACCUCCCGCUGUCUCCCCACAGCUGACCGUCUCCCACCAUCUCUCUCCACGGCUGACCUUCUCCCACCGUCUCUCCACGGCUGACCUCCCACUGUCUCCCCACAGCUGACCGUCUCCCACCAUCUCUCUCCACGGCUGACCUCCCACCGUCUCUCUCCACGGCUGACCUCCCACCGUCUCUCCACGGCUGACCUCCCACUGUCUCCCCACAGCUGACCUUCUCCCACCAUCUCUCUCCACGGCUGACCUUCUCCCACCGUCUCUCCACGGCUGGCCUCCCACUGUCUCCCCACAGCUGACCGUCUCCCACCAUCUCUCUCCACGGCUGACCUCCCACCGUCUCUCUCCACGGCUGACCUUCUCCCACCGUCUCUCCACGGCUGACCGUCUCCCACUGUCUCCCCACAGCUGACCGUCUCCCACCGUCUCUCUCCGCGGCUGACCUUCUCCCACCGUCUCCCCACGGCUGAACUCGGGAGCUUGAUGUACUCGUUGUCUCUCUCUCUUGUCCAUCCACUCACUUCUAAUCUGACUUUUCCCUCCAUCCACCACAGCAGUCUGAUGCUCCGGGACCUUCCGAGUCCUCUUUUUACUCCAUCUUCUCCUUCUCGACACACUUGCUUCCCUUGCUGUCAGUCUCCUGGUUUUCCUCUGCCUCCAGGGUCUCCCUCGCAGAGAUCCCUACAGAUGGCUGUGACCUGCUAACACUUCUCAAAGCUCAAGCCCUAGACCACCUUUUCUUCUCAUUUUCUAACUUUUGUUGAAGAAAUCUUAUCCAUUUAUAUGCCAAUAACUCCCAUAUUGACAUUUCCUUCCCAGACCUCCCCUUUGAGCUCCAGGCUGUGUAUCCAACUGUGUAUCUCCAUCUCCACGUGGUUCCUCAAAUACAACACACCCGUCCGGAGGGAGCUCAUGACCUUCACCCACCCAGGCCCGUGUUUGCUGUCUCAGGGAGUGGGGCUGAGUUCACUGAUCCUGAGACCGAGAGGUGGUUUUGACACUCUCUUCCUCUUAGUUCUGCCUCCUCUAGUGCCCAGUACAUUAGCAACACCUUCUUCUCUCUCUCAGGCCCACCCACAUCUCUGCAUCCAUGCUCCCCUCCUCAUCCAGUUUAACACCUCAUCCUGCCUGGUCCCCCUUCUCUACCUCCUCUCUCUCCCCCACUGCAACCACAAUGACCUUUGGAAAAUGCAAGUCUCAUCAAGCAACUUGGCUGCUGAAACCUUUCAAUGACUUGCCAUGGCCUGCAGCAGACAAAUCACACUCUGCCUACCUCUUAGCUCCGGCUUGAACUGACCACACCUGGCGCCCUCUGCUCCCCGCUUCCUCACUGACUUUCUGGGAAUAGAAGCCACCCUCCUGGUGAGGACACUCCAACCAAUGGAGCCACCUGGCCAGGGCCUCACUCACGUUCAGCCUCAGGCUCCAGCGCAGCUGUUCACCUUGUGUGACGCUCUUCUCCCUCUGUGCACCCCCUGUUGCCUAGGUAACUGCUGCUGCCAGAUGCCAGGUCACUUCAUCUCGGCGGCCUUCCCUGACCCUCGAGACGGAACCAGGUCUCCCCGUUCCACUCUCACAGCACCCAGUUCCUCCUCGUAGAAAUCAGCGUCCUUUGUAUUUUGUUAAAUAAUGAUGUGGCUCAUGUCUGUCUUGCCCACUAACAUGCCAGUUCCAUGAGGGCCGUACCUAUGUUUAUUAUUCUUAUCAUUUUAUCCUCAAAGCCUUGGGGUGUGCGAUAAAAAUUUGUUGAACGAAUGAACAAAGACGUAAACAAAUGAAGGUCAUAGAGACUUGCCCAAGGUCAAGAUGAGAAAUAGCCAGGAACUCUGGUUUUCAGCUCAGAUCACCAGCCUUCUCAGCAAGGAGCUUGUCCGGGAUGCCCUGCAUCACGGGGACCGAGCAACUUCCCAGCCCGUCACGUCCAAUUUCUCAGCCCUCGCCUUUCCUAUGAUUACGUUUAUUCAGCAGGACAGUGCUGUAAGUAUGGUCAUUUUUCUUUCUCCCCAUGCUACACGUGCUCUCUUGUAGUCUAUUUUGAGGGGGGUAUUAUGAGAAACCAGGCCACUGUUUAAAACAUGUAAAGAUUCCUGAGGUUCUCAGAAGAGAUAUGAGGUGUCAUUCAUGAAGAGCAAUUUUGUCCCUUGCACUAGAAUUUUCUGUGUAAAGAAAAAAAUGCUCUCAAUUUCCAAAGCUGCUAUCUGCAGAAGAGCAUCCUAUUACGUGGGCUAGUCAUCGUCAUAUUCCCAGGAUGAUACACCUUCUCUUGCAAGUAUAAAAGGCAGAGGCCACUUGGCUGUUUGGAAGUGCCCUGUGUUAUAAAAGCCACGCAAAAUGGCCAGUGGUGGUUCUAUUUAUAAGACAAGUUGUUUAUCCCUGAAGAAGUUUGAAGAUGUGGUUCUCAAGGGUGUUUGUGCUGUGGAUGAAAAUGGACUCGUUGUGUUUGAACUCCCCUUGCUCACGUCAGUGACCCCCACCUUCAGCCAACCCUGGUUAUAAGCAGCCACGCUCCCCCGUGGGCUGUAGGCGGCGUAAGCAACCAGGCCAGCCGAGCCGGACUCCCGGUAAGCUGUCUGAGCCCUUUCUCUGGGGUUCCUUUCCACUGCCCACCUCGGGGUGGGAGACCAGCUUUACUUACCUGGUGUGGUGUGAACCUGCUGUGUGGAAAGUGCAUUGCUCAGUUUUGGGGUUUUUAAGAUGGGUUUGGGGUGCUUUUUUGUUUGUUGUGUAAGAUUUCACUUUUUUGGGGAGAUAACAAGGUGCAUUUUUUAAAAAGAUAAAAUGGUCUGCUCAGACUUGGGAGGUUGUGCUCAUCAUCACUUUGCUUAUCAUUGUACAAUGUUCUAACUUUUGUGGACCCCCCUAAGCUCAUCAACUGGAUUUGGAAAUCUUAUUUGCAAAUGAAUCUGGAGAAGAAGAGGGCCGUACAAUUCAGGUGGACCAGGAUGCUACUUCUUCUUCCUUGUCUCCCUUUUAAAAUGGCUCUUUUUUUAUUCUGCAUUUGUUCUCUCUCUCUUGCUCCUUCCUUCCCUCUCUCUCUCCCUCCCUCCCUCCCUCCCUCAGUGUGACCAUUGCAUUUCCCCUCAUCCUUCCUCUCACUCAGCCGCAGUCCACCAUGCCCAAAGCGUUCCUGCUGCUGUGUGCGGCCCUGGUGCUCCUCGGGCCUGUGCAUGGAGCCAAACUGAGAAACCAAGACACAUGGAAGCCACUCAGCAACCCCAGGAACCGAGACCUGUUUUUCAGAACCCUUCAGGCGUAUUUUAAGGGAAGAGGUCUUGACCUUGAAAGGUUUCCAAAUACUCUCUCCACAAAUGAGACCCCCAGACCCCUCUCUGUGCAGUCAGAGCUCAUCGCCUCUGCCUUUGCCGAGUUCCAAGAGCGGAGAAACCCCUUUCCCCGCGGCCUCCAAGGCUGACGGCUUCUCCUGAGAGCAGGUGAGAGGCUCCCUUCCUCCCAGACAGACGGCUCGCUCGUGAAGAGGUUUGGAAAGCAGUUAUUUGAAAAAUGAUUUUAUUUCCCCGCAGAAAUACGUGCUUGCUAGUAGCUUAGAAGCUACUCAUCUCUGGUACUAUUUGGAUGUGGUUCAGUAUUUCAUGUCUGUUUUAAGGAGGAAUGACAGUUAUGACAUUUUAAGCAUAGUUUUGUGGGAAGAGAUAUAGUAAAAUGAUAGGACUAUCACUCUUAACAGGAUGGUUACAUCUAGUGGAAUACCACUCACUUUGCCUGUAUCCUUUUUCCCCCAGACCCGGGCAGAUAGCUGAGUUGUGUGGAAAAUCAUAAAGAAAUAUGUGAAAUUGUGCAGUUGGAUUAAAUAGAAAGUAAAGUUUAAAAAUAGUUCCUUUUAGAAGAAAGUAAUAAGCAUAUAUUUGAUCUUGAACAUCCUCACCUAGAGGAAGUAAAGUAAAAUAUUAAAGAUGAUUUUUUUUCUCAUAGGAAAAAGGUUAGAAGUAUAUUAUGUUUAAUAUUUGAAUUUUAUUAUUCUUGUUACUGUAGCAUUCCUACCAAAUGAGUACCCAUCAUUUAAAAAAAUAGGUAUGGUGCAUUCCAGGGAGCUACAUUAUGAUUCUAGUCUAUUAGCCUUUUGUUCGGCUGAAUAAUUACGAUUCCGUUCCCUACAAUAAAGGGAACUAAAUCGUGAUUAAAAUCUCCUCCUCUUCUUCCACCAGGUAGGAAUGAAACUGUGAGGAAGCGUGCCGCCGUUGCAUUUUAUUGUGCAUGUGAAAGGAUUUUGCUUAUCGAUUCUUGUAAAUGUGAUGAUUUAAAAAAAAAUAAUGAUGUUAUUUUGAAAAGAAGAUGCAACUUACCAUGUGGUAUAUGCACUUGAAACCUCUCCUGCGUGAGAAAAUAAAAUAGAAUAAACAGAAAGAGGUUAAGAGGCGUCCCCUUAACUGUUUCUCACACGUGGGCCCUAGGCCAGCGGUCGCUAACCGGUGGUCCGCGGACCACUGAUCGUCCCUGAGGUCCCAAAGGUUGGCGACCAACCACUGCUAAAACAGGACAGUUAUUAAUGCACAGCGCCUCCUCCGGUAGAAGACAGUAGUGCAUGCAGUUUGCUUUAAGCCUCACAGUCUCCACCUAUAAACUGCAGGUGCUACCCUCUAGCUCACAGACCGUGUCAAAUAAAAUGUCAAAGACACACUUUCUGUGAGCGUGGAGUGAGGUGCUGUUUGGGGGCGGACCCGGAGAAAGCACCUACUGGGUGCGAUGGUGACAUAAUGGGACUCGCAUGAUGGUGGGGGAAGAAGCAAAGCGUCUGGGUCAGAGAAGACUCCAUCAUCAGCUCGCCUUUCCUGGCAGCUGAUUAGAAAGUGAGGACGAAAAGAGUUUUUGCUGGAAGAUGCUGAUCUUUGAGUCUUUGUGCUAAUGGUACCGACUUCAUUUUCUGUUUCAUUAGAGCAUUUUCUUGUUCUUGCAGGUAUCUGGCUAUUUUUACACCACAGAUGAAGCUGCUCAUCAGAAAAAGUCAAUCAUGGUCAUUGUUAACCCCCUUCCCUGCCCCCACUUUUGUCAGUUUGUAAUGGUUUUAUUCUGUAUUUCCAGAUUUACAUAUAAACAGCCUGACCUUUGGGACCUCUGUGACUUAUGUGAUACUUUGCUGUUUUUUCCACUUUAGAACCAUAAAUGUCAAUGUAGAGCCCCGCAUAUAAUUGCAAGUUAUCAAAGCACCCU